AUUCAGUUUGUGCCGAGAGAUUGCGCUGCCUAGUCAGUGUCAGCAGAAUUUUCGUAUUUACCAUAUUCAAACUCAAACAAGUCCACAUACAUAGGUGUAUUCGGCGCAUAUCGUACAAGUAGUUAAGCAAUGAUUAAGAAAUUUGUAACAGUCGGAAAAGCCAUUUAAUUCUUUGAAAAUUCAGUGAAAUUAUUCGUCAAAUACUCUAUUUUGACGUAUAAACGUACACAUACACACACAGACGCACUCACGUAAGCGAUGAACGCGAUGGGUAUAUCUACGGAUCCCACAUUGCUCGAUGUGGAAUUGCCUGCAACUCUCAUUGAAUCACCUUCAGUGUCGACAUUUCUGCCAGAAGAGGAGGCUUCCAUAUGCCCACUAUUGUCCACAACAAAUGGCACUUCAACGCCGGUCACCUUUUCACAUCCGCUGACACCUUGCAUAGACAAUGACAGCACAGCCUCGGCUAAUUUGUGCAAUGAAGAUGCAGACGCCAAGGUCGAGACAAGUUCAUCGUCGGGCAGUAGCUCCGGUAUUGGAAUGGAUGCGCCAGAUACAGCGGCCACAACGCUUUUUCACAAGCCUCUUGCCUAUCAACAUUUACAAGUCAACAAUGGAGGUGCUGUGCAGGACUCCAAUAUCGCAAAUGGCACUCUAUCGAAGGAUACACCGUCCUUUGUUUCCUGGAACUGGCCCUUGAUACGCAAAUGCACUUUCUUUGUCUUCAUGUCCAGCUUAUUGGGUAUGUGCGCAGUCGUGGUGGCAAUGAUUAUCAUGUUGCCGAAGACCUGUAAUCCAAAAACAGCUUGGUAUCGCGGCAGUGUCUUUUACGAGAUCUUUCCUGCCAGUUUUCAGGACUCCAACAACGAUGGCAUUGGAGAUUUACGUGGCAUUGCUCAGCGAGCGGACUACUUGGCCUCAUUGGGGGUGAAAGCCAUACGCUUAAACUCAAUAUUUCAGUCAACUCAUUAUCCCGAUGAUUUUGAGCAUCCGACCUCUGUCUUCGAGGUAGCUAAUAUUUUGGGCAAUGCACAAGAUGUUCAACAACUGGCGGAAGCACUACACGAACGUCAGAUCUUCUUGCUGCUUGACCUACCGAUCGGAGCAUUUAUUCAACAACUGGAUGAGGCCACUACGACUGCACCAGUCUCAUUGACUGAGGCCGUGACAACGCAAGCAAAUAACGAGUCUGACAGCACGGGCUCCACUAGCACAACAGCAAAAAAAACGGUAACCUUAUCGCCCGUCUCAUCAGCUGGCAAUGUAUUCAGCGCUGCCAUACUGAAAUGGUUGCAACUAGGUGUGGAUGGCUUUUAUCUUAAAGGUUUGGAGAAUUUCGUGGAUGACGUUCGCUUGUUAGCAAAUUUGCAUGAGUGGAAGCAGCUUGUCGGCGCCAACCGCAUUCUAAUUGCUAACGAAGCUUUCAUUCAAGAAUUGAAUCCUGCAUUGCGUUCAUUGGCACUGCAUCAUCUGGAUCUGGUGGAUAUGCAUUUGGAUGUGCUAAAUGGCACACGGCACUUGGAAAAGCACCUCAAUAAUAUUUUUAGCGGGCCACUUGCGCCUACCGAACAUGGCCCAUGGCUACAUUGGUCCAUCGGCGGUGUAGAUAAACAGCGUUUUACUCGCUAUGGGCAGAGUAGAAAUAUAACUUUGGCUGCGACCAUCAUGCAGCUCAUGCUGCCAGGUACACCAAAUAUCUUCUACGGUGACGAAAUUGCAUUGGAGGCUAUCACCGAUCGGCACAAUGAACAUAAUGAAACUAAGCACCUUCACCAUCUGUCCACUAUGGAAUGGCUAAACACCACAAAACAGUUUACGAAUCGUGAAACUUUACCUUGGCUGCCACAUACGGCGCACUACAGCCUAGAAAACUUCAAAACGGUAAUGAAAAUGAUUGAAUUACGAAAUCGUUCGCCGUCAUUGUAUAAAAAUGCCAUCUGCAAGCCCGAGAAGGCCCUGUCUAACACGGACAUACGUUGCAGCAACGACGACAUCUUAGUGGUUGAGCGCGUGUACCCGCGUCGGAACUCGUUUGUUUCCGUGUCGAAUUUCGGUCAGAAGCGUGUGUCCAUGGACAUGACUGCCAUGUACUUCAGUGGCGUAAAAAUGCUUGCCAAUGAUCAAAGCGAAAAAAUUUACUUUUCAAACUUCGAGAUUGGUCCAUGGGAGACAAUAGUUGUCAAACUAGAUAAGUGAGCGGUUCUAAGUAGCUGUAAAAUGAGCAAUUCAAGACAUGGAAAACAUCUGCCAAAAUCGGAGAGAAUAUGAAUUUUGUAUACUUUUUGGGCUUCUGGUUUUAAUAUGUACUUAUUGUAAAUAGCAAUGUACCGUUUAUAUAUUUUUAUAGAUGCAUGUAUGUACAUAUGUAUGUAUGUAGUGGAUAGAUACUUGCACAUCAAAAGUUGAAUAAAAAAUAGGACUUUUAAGAUUU